GAAACUGAGAGACAUUUUGUGUGACCAUUUGUUGGAGAAAAAGGAUCUCUCGAUCUCAACAUGAGAUUGAUGAUGAUGGGUUCUAAGCGAUGCGCCGUUCUUUUUCUUAUGAUCAUCUUAGCAUCUCUACUCUCCACUUCAUUCGCAGGAGGGGAUCGGCUGUUCUUCGCGAAAUAUGGAAGAGAAGUCGAAAAGAAGGAUUUAGCUACAAAGAAUUUGAAGCAAGAAAAAGUUGUCCACACUAGAAUUCUCCAAGCGGAAACAAAUGACUAUGGAAGCUAUGACCCUCCCCCUUCUUUCAACAAGCCUCCAUUCAAGCAAAUACCAAACUAAUAUUAAUUCCACUCCUUUUUUCCCCCUCUUUUUUUUUCUAUUAUUCUUGGUCGAUAUGUAGAAUAAAUGUCGCGUUGUAUCUAAUAUUUAUGUGCGAUUUUGUAAAUGUAUAAUAUACAAAUACUGAUUAUAUAUACUAUUAAUUAAGUGUGUAUAAGAAAUUGAAG